ACUCCUUUAUGGAAGAUGGACGACGCUGCAUUAGAUUAGACUCACCCAACAUGGCCAGCCUAUUGUGUCCGCGCUAAUUUCCGUUUUUUUUUUCUUCCUAACACCACCCAGUCUGCCUGCGCGAACAUGGAGGCGAUGGUGAUGCUGGAAGGGCUAGAAGAACGAUUGGAGAGGCUUGAGAAGCGACUUGAUGUGGAUAAAAAUGUCCAGACAGGCAAACCGGUGAAGUGUGUUGAUGCAUUGGUUAGAAUUCAGGCAUCCCUUAGUGCUAUGGCCAACAAGCGGGAGCGAGUCAAAAGCCUCCACAAGAAAAUUGAUGACCUGAUGAAGUACUUGGACCCUCAAUUUACUGAGCGAAUUACUGUGCCUGAUGCAGUGAGACUUGAGUGUGUGCUUGCAGAGGAGGAGUUCAUUAUGUCACAGGCCAGCCUUCUGGAGCAUAUGAGUAGCCUUGUACCACUGCUGGACAGCACAUAUAUAAAAGUGGUCCCUGAACAUGCAACCAAACUGCAGUCCCUAUCUCAAAUUCACAUCCAACAGCAGGAUCAGUGCGAAUCCCUCACAGAUGGCACAAAGAAGCUCUUUGAAGACUACAACAAAAUGAUGUUUCUCUUGUCUAAACAAUUUUCUCAAUGGGAUGAAACGCUGAGAAAGUUGGAGGCAACAGCAAAGCAGGACAAACAUGCGACAGAAUAAGACUCGUUAAGAACAUGUCGUCUGGAGGACUGUAGCUGUGUUUAAUGUCCGUGAUGGUGUCAUCCCAGCUAUUAAUUUCCCUUUUUUAUUUGUGGAGGCAUGUAUCACACUCUUGAAGAGCACACUAUAAGGAAGAUGACUUCUUUACCUGCUGCGGUGGUCUGAUAGUGAGGUACUGCAGCAGGCCUCAGAUCCACAGGAGAGUCCCCUCUCAAGCAAAUUUGAAGAAAACUAUAAUGGCAAAUGUAGUACAUCUAAUUUAUCUGUAUUUAUCAAGUAUUGUUUUAUGAUGACAUUAAAUGAAAAAGCAUGGAA